AUGGUUAUCCUCACUCGAAUUCAGGUAGCGAUUCUCGGCUUAAGUACCUUGACAGCCGCUGCUCCUCAUUCUGCCAAAACAGAAAACCCUUCUUUCUCUCUGAACCAGGUCAAGGUACCUGCUACCAAGACCACAAACGGUGCUGCACACUAUGCAAAGGUGUUGCAUAAGUAUGGCGCUGAAAUUCCGGAUCAUGUCCUAGCCGCAGCCGCAAGCAGUGCUGGUGCCCUAGCUUCACCCGUACCUACUGGGAGCGUUACUACUACCCCAACAGAGUAUGAUGUGGAGUAUCUUACUCCGGUUAAUGUUGGUGGCACUAUGAUGAAUUUGGACAUCGAUACUGGUUCCUCUGACCUUUGGGUCUUUUCCAAUUCGUUGCCCUCCAGUGAGACCGCAGGACAUGCGGUAUACACCCCCAGCACCUUUUCUGAGGCUAUGAAUGGCUACACCUGGAAUAUUGGCUAUGCAGAGGGAAGCUCAGCCAGUGGGAAUGUCUACAUGGACUACGUGGUUAUUGGAAAUGUUACUGCCACCUCCCAAGCCGUUGAAGCUGCGGAAACCAUCAGCUCCCAAUUCCAGCAACGUCCUUCAGAUGGUCUCCUGGGUCUUGCUUUCAGCUCUAUCAAUACUGUUCAACCUCAGUCUCAGUUGACUUUCUUCGACAAUGUCCAGCCCGUGUUGGCUUCUCCAGUUUUUUGUGCGGACCUUAAGUAUGGGGCACCGGGCGUAUACGACUUUGGAUUCAUUGACAGCUCCAAAUAUACGGGACCGGUUACAUACACUCCAGUGGACAACUCUCAGGGCUACUGGGGAUUCACUGCCUCUGGAUAUGCAAUUGGAAGUGACGAAAUUAUCUCAGGAGCCAUCAGCGGUAUCGCAGAUACCGGCACCACUCUCCUCCUCCUUCCUGAUUCGGUUGUCACACAAUACUAUAACCAGAUCGGCGGAGCUCAGUACAGCGAUUAUUAUGGUGGCUGGGUCUUCCCAUGCUCUGCAACUCUCCCUUCGUUUACUACAGUGAUCAAUGGUUACGAAGCAGUUGUUCCAGGCAUGUACUUGAGCUUUGCCCCUGUUGAAGAAAGAGGUGACACUUGCUAUGGCUCUAUCCAAGUUGAUACUAGUAUUGGUUUCGCCAUUUUUGGUGAUAUCUUCCUCAAGAGCCAGUAUGUUGUCUUUGAUGCAAGUGGACCUCAGCUUGGCUUUGGCGCCCAAGCGUAA